UAUGAUGAAAACCAGGCUUAAGUGGUACAAGAGGAGGUCAUUGACUGAUUGAUUUGUUCCAGAAGAUGGAGGCGGCGACAUUGACGACAGCCAAGAGGAGACGUGGCGGCGGAGCGGCGCGGCGCGGGAGCCGCGAGCCAGCAUGGCGACCCCGGCGCAGAUGAGUCGCGCGGCCAGUCGCCGUAAGUCGCGCGUCCAGAAGCAGCACAGCUACGACGAUGAGAUCAAGGCGGCAGGUGGUGCCGCUUCCGCUUCCGCUGCCGCUUCCACUACCGCUGGCAUGCAGCAGGCUGAUGUCGGAUUGGGUCUGCCGGUCCAGCUGCCUCGCAGAGCUUCGGCCUACGACGUUUACGCGACGCGGACAUCCGACGCUCUGACGGGACGCGACGGGUCGCCGGCCGUCGAACGACGUCGCUCGUCCUUCCGAGUACCCGCACCUGACCCGGACGACCAAACCGGAUCAGCACACUCUGCAGAAAGCAAUCAAGUUCCUUCAUCAUCUCUAGUGAUAGACGAAGACAGAAGAUCCAGACGGAGAGGCUCACAGCUGCCAGACAUUUCGGCGUUGCGCGCUGCCCGUAGCGACGGCGCGCGUGCAAGCAUAGCCGUGCCGCGUGCACCUGAAGAACACACAGCUGAUCCAAUCAGGAGACAGCAGUCGGUGCAGGACGGAGAAGCCAUCAAAAUCGUCAUACAUGACGUCGACUUUGAUGCUAACCUCAGCUCAAGAACGGGAUCGAAGAGGAGGGUGACACUGAGGAGGGAUCCAGCUGACAAAGCCCACAGAACGAGGGGCUUCGGCAUGCGAGUGGUUGGUGGAAAGGCGGGAGCAGACGGUCGUCUUUUUGCCUACAUCGUGUGGACUGUCCCUGGUGGCCCCGCCGAGAAAGGGGGUCUUCAACAAGGCGAUAAGGUUCUGGAGUGGUGCGGUGUUUCGCUGGUGGAUCGGAGCUUCGAGGAGGUGUGCUCCGUCAUGGACAGAACAGGGGACACCGCAGACAUUCUCGUCGAGCAUGGAAAUGACCUGAGAAUGUGUGAUCUACUAGAUGAGCCACUACCGGGAGCCUCGAGGAAAAACUCAGGGGAAGCUCUAGGAUUGCAGCUAGGUAAGUCACUUGAAAUUUAAAAAAAAAAAUUGAAUUU